UAUAGAAAUAAACAAAUAUCUUUCCCAUUACUUUCAACUCAAAUCGCCGCUGUUACUUCAACCGGCGAAGCUCCUUUACCCCUUCAAUUUCUCUAGAUUUCUCUGUCUAGGGUUUAUCUAAUAGAUCUAUCACUCUUUUUUUCUCAAAUUUUCGGAAUUUUGUUUGGAUUUCUAGGGUUAUUUGUUCGGUUUUGGUAUUGAUAGUUUAGGGAUUUUGGGGUCCGAGGAGCAUUCGGAAUACUGCGAUCUGAGUUUGGAUUGAAGGUAACGGUUCUACGAGGCAAAUUUCCUGGUGUUUUGGGUUUUUACCGAUCGUGGGUUUAAGGCUUUGGAUCGGUAGUUAGGGUUUUGGCUGUUGGUGUCGCUUGAUUAGGGGUGAGAUUAGUUUUUUGAUAGGAUUAGGUUUUUGAGGUAGAGAUAUGGUUGAGUCGGAUUGUUUGAAGUCACCUCCGCCAGCAGAGAAAAUGCAGCCGCCAAAGCAGUGGGUAGUGGCCAAGCCCUUGUCGCUAGCUGGUCCCAUUGAUGCGGAUAUUCAGAGGAGUAGGGAGUUGGAGAAGUUUUUGGUGGAGUCGGGGCUUUACGAGAGUGCGGAAGAAUCUGCCAAAAGGGAAGUGGUUCUUGCGCGACUUAAGCAGAUUGUGAAAGAUUGGGUGAAAGGGCUUACCCGGUUGAGGGGGUACACCGAUCAAAUGGUGGAAGAUGCCAAUGCUGUUAUUUUUACUUUUGGUUCUUAUAGACUUGGUGUUCAUGGACCUGGUGCGGACAUUGAUACAUUGUGUAUUGGACCAUCCUAUGUUAACCGGGAGGAAGACUUCUUUUUUGUACUUCAUAACAUUUUGGCUGAAACGGAAGAAGUUUCUGAACUUCAACCAGUACCUGAUGCUCACGUCCCUGUUAUGAAAUUCAAGCUUGAUGGAAUAUCAAUUGAUCUUCUGUACGCAAGUAUUUCACUGUUGGUUGUUCCAGAUGAUUUGGACAUCUCAAAUAUCUCUGUGUUGCAUGACAUAGACGAACCAACUGUUCGUAGUCUUAAUGGAUGCCGAGUAGCUGAUCAAAUCCUCAGAGUUGUUCCAAAUGUUGAGAACUUCCGGAUUACUCUGCGAUGCCUAAAGUUCUGGGCUAAGAGACGUGGUGUUUAUUCAAAUGUGAUGGGAUUUCUUGGUGGUGUGAACUGGGCUAUUCUUGUUGCUCGAUUAUGCCAGUUUUAUCCAAAAGCCAAUCCUAGCAUGCUAGUUUCUCGGUUCUUCAGGGUGUAUACAAUGUGGCGCUGGCCAAAUCCUGUGAUGCUUUGUGAAAUUGAGGAUAAUGAACUUGGAUAUUCUGUAUGGGAUCCUCGUAAGAAUCCUUGGGAUCGAACUCAUCUCAUGCCAAUCAUAACCCCUUCCUACCCAUGCAUGAAUUCCAGUUACAAUGUUUCAUCCAGUACUCGUCGGGUUAUGGCAGAACAGUUCCAGUUUGCUAAAAAGAUCUGUGAGGAUAUUGAGCUGAAUAAGUUGCGAUGGAAUGCUUUAUUCGAACCAUAUUUAUUCUUCGAGAGCUAUAAAAAUUAUCUACAGGUCGACAUCAUUGCUUCUGAUCUUGAUGACUUGCGAUCUUGGAGAGGUUGGGUUGAAUCCCGUCUGAGACAGCUAACUUUGAUGAUAGAGCGCGAUACAACUGGGAAGUUACAAUGUCAUCCUUACCCACAUGAUUAUGUUGAUUCCUCAAAGCAGUGUGCACAUUGUGUCUUUUUCAUGGGUUUACAAAGGAAGCAAGGAGAGGCUAUUAAAGAAGGCCAGCAGUUUGAUAUCCGUCAGACUGUUGAUGAAUUUAGACAUCAAAUAAACUCAUACAUGUACUGGAAGCCUGGGAUGGAUAUAUAUGUUUCUCAUGUUCGUAGAAAGCAAAUUCCCUCUUAUGUAUUUCCAGAGGGCUACAAAAGAAUUCGACAUACGAGAUCAAUAAGUCAGCAACAAGUGGAUAAGAAUUCUAGUGAAGGUAAUGAGGGCUGCAGGACAGACUCUGCUGAGAGGAUCCCAAAACGAAAGAGGAGCUGUGAUGGAUCAGAGCUGGAGGGAAGUCCUGAGAAGAGACCCUCCAUUAGUCCUCAGAGGCAGGUUUCAGCCUCACCGGAGUAUAUUUGUUCGGGAGAUUCAUUGAGAGGCAGUUGCACUCCGGUAUUGGAAACAACAAAGGGGAGCCCAUCGGUGAUUGUAGAAUCUAUGCCUAACAAUGAAAUGGCCAAAGUAGUCCCUGUGGUUAUGGAGGAUGUGCAAACCAGAUGUAAUGGAAAUGUCUUGCAAUUUGAUGAUUGCAAUAAAGAGAUGAGUUCAAUCCCAAUGCAGAUGCAGUCAAGCCAGGGGAUGCGAUGUACAGAGUUUUCUGAUGUUACUAGCAUCUCAAGUUCUGGCACUGCUCAAUAUAUGAGUAACAGUACGGAUACGGAGAUUGAUAAUGAAGGAUCUUUACUAAUUAGAUCAAGUGAGGUUAGUGCACAGCUGCUUAUGGAUAAUGGAUGUCAGAAUGGUGCUUCUGUUCUUGUGAAUGGACUAAGAGAGAAGCUACAGCCUGAUGGGCCGCUCGCGAUGGUUCUCAAAUCUGGAGAUGGAGUUGGGUCAGAACCUGUUGAGAAGAAUGUCAUGAGCAACAGGCUGAGCCUCACUUCAACUGCCUGAAUGUAAAGAUGAUAUGAAGGCUUUUCAAUUCACUGCCUAAAUGAAGGUUAAGUUACCUGGAUUGGUGUCACAUGACUGAAAGCCAGCAGCUCGGGUAAGUACCAUAUUCAUUGCUGGCUUUCAUAUGUUUCUUAAUGUUUCCAGGCAUGAAAUCUAGGAAGGAAACCGAGUAGCGUCAAUCUGAGGAAAACCACCACCCCCUGGACAUUUUGAAUUCCUUAUUUAUAGUUUUUCGGAUUAGAGGGCUCCAUGGUGCAAAGUGAUUCCGUUACCUCUAGAAAGGGAUUGAUCUUAUACCGACUUCGUUAACUAUGUGAAGAUUUGUAUUUGCAUGGUUGUUGAAGGUUCUGCUAUAUUAUUAUACCGUUACCAAAGAGAGAGAGAGAGUUCGUUUGUUUGUUCUAGAGAAUUUUUUUAUGAAGUGUUAGGGUGUGGAGUAUUUCAUUUCAUUGUUAGUUGAUAAGGAUUUCACCUUACUUUCCUUGUAAUUAAUCCUCUAGAAUUGAAUCUGUACAUCGAUAACAUAUGAAGACUUGUUCGUCA